UUCUGAAUUACGAAAAUGAAGAUUCACGAAUCUUAUUCCACCAUGAACCCUCCGAAAGUACAGAGGAUCUCUUUGCGUAAUGGAAACAGCAUUAACGUGGUGACCAGAAGAAGCUGGAAGGCUCAAUCACUUCUGCAGUCUCCUGAGAUCUCAGACUCUGAUUUGCGGGGGUUGAGGAAUGCAUGUCACCUACUAGCUGACGUAUACAAUGAAUUCACUCAUGAGUGUUCGAUACAUGGACUCAGGUACACAGGACGGCAUAAAUCAUCUCUAGGACGUAUAUUCUGGCUGUUGGUUAUCGCCGGGUCAGUAAUAUCAGCUGGUGUACUGGCUCAGAAAUUUUACCUGAGGCAUAAGCAAGCAACGAUGAGAACAUUAGUUAUAUCCAGUCAGUAUCCAGCGUGGAAAAUUCCUCUUCCAGCAUUAACAAUAUGUCAUCCGAAUGUCGCGAGUCGCUACAGACUGCAGCAGUAUCAGAAUGAAGGAAAAACAAUUAAAAUGCCUUAUGGAAUAAAGCUGGAACAGUUCAUGAAGGAUCUGGAAUUCAUCCAGGAAAUGUACAUCCCAACCAAUCACUUCCAGAACUCGAUGGCUCGUCUCAACACGGUCAUGGUCUACAACAAUCUUACCAUAUCCAAAUUUCUCACAAUACUGAGUCCUCCCUGUGACGAUUUUUUCAUCCGGUGUAAAGUUCAUGAUGAGAUCAAAGGUUGUGAUGAGUUUGUCAGAAUUUCAAGAACGGUUUAUGGCCUUUGUUGUUCGUUCAAUUACGCUUUUGGGAAAGGAUACAGGAGAUGGAUCCUAAACCAGGAAGCAUACAGUCACUCUUUCGGUAACAACUAUAUUUUCUCAGUUAUUCUGAAAAGUUUUGGUCCAGAGGACAGAAUAUCAGGAUUAACUUACGGCGAUGGAGUACGUGUCCUCAUCCACGAUUCUCACACAUAUCCUGGGCCCUCGGCUCGUGAAGUCAUAGCACGUCAAGGGAGUGAAAUGAUAGCGUAUAUUUAUGGUCAUGUACUGACAGUCAGCCCCGAAGUAUUAAAUUUGCCACGUGAAGAACGGGAUUGUCGCUCUGCUAAAACUGACGAUGGCAUUUACAGACUUGACAAUUGCGUGACCGCUUGUCAUGAGAAGCUCUUCAGAUCAUAUUGCAAUUGUGUCCCAUAUUACGCAUCUUAUAUAGAGGAGAAGGAGACUGUUUGCAAUUUCACUCAUAUCUCGUGCUUGUCGAAGGUGAAAGCGCGAAUUUUGCAGACCCCCAUCAGGGAAAAACCGUGUAAUUGUCUUCCAACUUGCGAUGGCACUAGCUUUACUGUUGUCACGACUGUGGUGCCUAUGAUUGCUGCUAAAUACAGUCCAUCGCCAUUUUACGACCAGAUUGGUACGAAGUAUCCAAAUGCUACGGCGAUUCAUAUUACAUUUCCCCGACAAACUGGAAUGAUAUUCAGACGAGAUUUAGUUCUGUCUUGGAUUAAUUUAGUAUCUUCACUGGGGGGAGUUUUUAGUCUAUUCCUCGGCUGCAGUUUCAUCUCAGUGUUUGAAAUUCUCUAUUUCAUGGUGUACUACAUAAUCAAAGUGAUAAAGAGUCGAGGAACAAAUUUACAAAGAGCAUAACUUUAUUUCCAUGUCUACAUGUUAGAAUGAAAGAAAAACAUUAUGAAAAAUAAAAGAUACAAUAUUAUACAGAAAAUUAAACAGUUAUUCUAGGCGUUGGUUAUUUUUUAUCUUUGCGUUAAACGCUCGAUCUUUUUCUUCUUUCCUUUCUUCUUUUUUUACAAACUCUGAAGUACUGGAAGAUAACUAUACAAUGUUUUUGUUAAUUUAAAAACAAAAACUUUCUAAGGUAAAAGAGAUGAA